UAAAUCACGGCAGUCAAAAGAAGAGGAAGACUUUUCUGUUUUCUUUUUUCGAACGGUGAUAUUGUUUGCACUCGAUGAAAAAAAUCCUCAUCGUCAUGAUCAUCAGAAAGUCCCGAGGAAACUGCGGCUCGCCCGAGCCGUGCCGCCGCCAUGUUGGCUCUCGCCUCAAGGAAUUCUGGGAAUCCUCCUUGAGCCAACAUGGGAGACGGCGGGGAGCAGUUUCGCGGUGGGCGGAGCUCGGCGUUCCGGAUCGGAACGAAAGCGGUCGACGCGAUGCGGGCGAGAAAACACCAAGCCCGAAAAGUGCGCUGAAGUGGUUUUGCGCGACAAGCUCGUGGAGUCCGGAUCGGUCCCCGACAACAACUCGAGCUCGGCGAGACGUAGGACCGACGCUCGGUCGUCAGACGGCGGCUUCUCGGGAUGUGAAGCCGCCCGGACGCCAAUUCGAGUCAAGCGGACGCCGACAGCCGGCAAGGUGGGGGCUACGAGGGUCGCUCUCCUGGCCUCGCCACGCCGGAGUGCGGCAUCGGGGGAACUGCGACUGGUGGGCUCGCGCUCCGGGAUUACCGACGACGACGCAGCGGAAUUGUCGGGGGAGCCGCCGCGGACGACGCUAACCGGGAAUUACGGGCACCCGGUCGCGGCCCUUCGGCGCGUUCUCGGGAUUCGCACGGGGACUAUGGCGGACGACGACGUUCUCUUCGAGGACGUGUACGAGCUGUGCGAGGUGAUCGGCAAGGGUCCCUUCAGCGUGGUGAGGAGAUGCAUCAACAGAGAGACGGGGCAGCAGUUUGCUGUCAAAAUCGUGGAUGUGGCCCAGUUCACCUCCAGUCCUGGACUCAGCACAGAGGACCUGAAGAGGGAGGCCAGCAUCUGCCACAUGCUGAAACACCCGCACAUCGUGGAGCUGCUGGAGACCUACAGCUCCGACGGGAUGCUCUACAUGGUCUUCGAAUUCAUGGACGGCGCGGACCUGUGUUUCGAGAUCGUCAAGCGGGCGGACGCCGGCUUCGUCUACAGCGAAGCGGUCGCCAGUCACUACAUGCGACAGAUCCUGGAGGCGCUGCGCUACUGCCAUGACAACAACGUCAUCCACAGAGAUGUCAAGCCUCACUGUGUGCUGCUGGCAUCCAAGGAGAACUCUGCUCCCGUCAAGUUAGGAGGCUUCGGCGUGGCGAUCCAGCUGGGAGAGUCGGGGCUGGUGGCCGGAGGUCGCGUGGGAACGCCACACUUCAUGGCGCCCGAGGUGGUGAAGCGGGAGCCGUACGGGAAACCCGUGGACGUGUGGGGUUGCGGCGUCAUCCUCUUCAUCCUCCUGUCGGGCUGCCUGCCCUUCUACGGCACCAAAGAGCGCCUCUUCGAAGCCGUCUGCAAGGGGAAAUGCAAGAUGAACCCGCGGCAGUGGAGUCAAAUCUCGGAGAGCGCGAAAGAUCUGGUGAGGCGCACGCUGAUGCUGGACCCCGCCGAGAGGAUCACCGUUUACGAGGCCCUCAACCAUCCUUGGCUCAAGGAGCGAGACCGCUACGCCUACAAGAUCCACCUGCCGGAGACGGUGGAGCAGCUGAGAAAGUUCAACGCCAGGAGGAAGUUGAAGGGAGCCGUGCUGGCGGCGGUGUCCAGUCACAAGUUUAAUUGCUACUACGGCGACCCCCCUGAGGAACUGCACGACUUCUCGGACGAGCCCACCUCCUCAGGGCUGCUGGCAGCAGAACGGGCCGUGUCUCAGGUGUUGGACAGUUUAGAGGAGAUCCACGCGCUGACCGACUGCAGCGAGAAGGAUCUCGACUUCCUGCACAGCGUUUUCCAGGACCGACAUUUACACACGCUGCUCGACCUCUACGAUAAGAUCAACACCAAGUCGUCCCCGCAGAUCAGGAACCCGUCCGGCGACGGCGUGCAGAGAGCCAAAGAGACGCGGUCGUCGCCCCAAGAAGACGCUGACGCUUUGAAAGGGCUGCAAUACGUGCUGGAAGAGAUCUCCUGCUACCCGGAGAACCACGACGCCAAAGAACUGCGCCGGAUUCUGACUCAGCCGCAUUUCAUGGCGCUGCUGCAGGCCCACGACGUGGUGGCGCACGAGGUCUACAGCGACGAGGCGCUGAGGGUGACGCCGCCGCCCGCCUCGCCCUACCUGAACGGCGACUCGCCCGAAAGCGCCGACGGAGACGUGGACCUGGAAAACGUCACCAGGGUGCGCCUGGUGCAGUUCCAGAAGAACACGGACGAGCCCAUGGGCAUCACGUUGAAAAUGAAUGACUCCAACAACUGCAUCGUGGCCAGGAUCAUGCACGGGGGGAUGAUCCACAGACAAGGCACGUUGCACGUCGGGGAUGAGAUCAGGGAAAUCAAUGGCAUCAGCGUGGCCAACCAGACGGUCGAGCAGCUGCAGAAGAUGCUGAAGGAGAUGCGAGGCAGCAUCACCUUUAAAAUUGUGCCAAGCUACAGGACGCAGGGCUCCUCCUGCGAGAAAGAGUCCCCCACCGCGCCCGGGCAGUCCCCUGCCAAUGGCCACUCCAGCAUUAACAGUUCGAUCUUGGACCUGCCGUCCGCCAUCCAGCCCAAAGGACGACAGAUCGUACCCGGACCUCCGACGGAGGACAAAAUGUCCGCCGAGAUCUACGUGCGGGCUCAGUUCGAGUACGACCCCUCCAAGGACGAGCUGAUCCCCUGCAAGGAGGCCGGCGUCCGCUUCCGCGUGGGCGACAUCAUCCAGAUCAUCUCCAAGGACGACCACAACUGGUGGCAGGGCAAGCUGGACAACACCAAGAACGGCACGGCCGGCCUCAUCCCGUCGCCCGAGCUGCAGGAGUGGCGUGUGGCGUGCAUGGCGAUGGAGAAGACCAAGCAGGAGCAGCAGGCCAGCUGCACGUGGUUCGGCAAGAAGAAGAAGCAGUACAAAGACAAAUAUUUGGCCAAGCACAACGCAGUGUUCGACCAAUUAGAUUUGGUCACCUACGAGGAAGUGGUCAAGCUGCCCGCCUUCAAGAGGAAAACGCUCGUUCUGUUAGGCGCUCACGGCGUGGGCAGGCGACACAUCAAGAACACGCUGAUCACCAAACAUCCCGACAGAUUCGCUUACCCCAUCCCGCACACGACGAGGCCUCCCAAGAAGGACGAAGAGAGCGGCAAGAACUACUACUUCGUGUCGCACGAGCAGAUGAUGCAGGACAUCAGCAACAACGAGUACCUGGAGUACGGCAGCCACGAGGACGCCAUGUACGGCACGCGCCUCGAGACCAUCCGCGAGAUCCACCAGCAGGGGCUGCUCGCCAUCCUCGACGUCGAGCCUCAGGCACUGAAAGUUCUUCGCACGGCCGAGUUUGCGCCGUACGUGGUCUUCAUCGCGGCGCCGACCAUCACGCCGGGCAUCGAUGAGACGCCCAGGUGGUGUCGCAGGCUGCCAGACGAGUCGUUGCAGCGUCUUCAGAAGGAGUCGGAGAUCCUGCAGAAGACGUACGCGCACUACUUCGACCGGACCGUCGUCAACAACGAGAUCGACGACACCAUCGGCCGCCUGGAGGAGGCCGUGGCGCUGGUGUGCGACGGCGGCCAGUGGGUGCCCGUCUCCUGGGUCUACUGAGGCCCACCCGCCGUCGGCGUCGGAGAGCGCCUCGCCUCGCCUCGCCGCCGUCGUCGUCCCACGUGAAUAUUGUCCGUCCGCACCGACUGGGACUUUUUUUACGAGGCGUCGACCUUCUGACUGGAAAAGGAAAAAGCACACAAACACGCUUCCGCCCUCAUUAUUUAUUCUUUUCCUUUCGUUUUUUUGAAUCCUCUCGCUCCACUGACGCCGUUUUGGACUUUCGAAAUAAAUCCAUCCGUGUCGUUAUGAUUAUUAUUAUUAUUAUUAUUAUUAUUGGAAAAAGACAAGAGGCCGAGUCAUGCGUGUGGACGAUUUUGGUCGGCGUCCCUCAAAAAGAAAAAAAGAAUCAAGGAAAUGCCGACGAUGUUUGAAACAUUGCAGCUGGAAGAUGAUUGGCCGGACGUGCCUCCUGCUCGUCCAGCGUCCGUCACGUCUUUGUCACAUUGAAAAAAAAGCGCCGUUUAGUUUUUUGGGGGGGCGGGAUGGUUUGUGUGCAAUGUGAUAGCAGCUGAUCGGUAUGAACGCCUUUUCGUUCGUUUGUUUGUUUGUUUGUUUGUUUUGAAUACAUUUCCGUUCAUGCGUCGGCCUAAUCAACUUUGGAGUGUGUUGUGCCCUUUUGUCCCGCCGCACAGACGCGCUCCUGCGUUUGAGAAAAAUAUAAGAACAAAAUCGUAGAGGAAAGAAGGGGGAAAAGGCGCACUUUUAUGAGGGGAAAAAAAAAAAGCAAAAAGCACGUUACGAGCAAAAAGACAAACAUCGUUUAUCAACCAUAAUUUUAUCCCCAGAAAAUGCAAUAUGAUGGCAAUGGAAGUCAUAUUUUGAAGUGACAUGUAAAAUUUUGUGAAUAAAUGUGGAAUAUAAUCAGAAACAUCCUGUAUUUCUUUUCA